AUGGAGAGCAGUUCUAUAUUCCAUGCUUUCAAUAAUAUUUAUUUUGCCAUUUUUGCUUUGUUUUGCUUCAAGCUCCUAAUUAAGAUUUCCUUGGCUCUGCUGACCCAUUUCUAUAUUGUUAAAGGCAACAGGAAAGAGGCUGCCAGGAUAGCCGAAGAGAUCUAUGGAAUAGUCCCAGGCAGCUGGGCAGACCGAUCCCCUCUUCAUGAUGCUGCCUUCCAAGGACGCCUCCUCUCUUUGAAAACCUUGAUUGCACAGGGUUUCGACGUGAACCUGGUGACGACGGACCGUGUGUCAGCUCUCCAUGAGGCAUGCCUGGGUGGCCACGUUGCCUGCGCGAAGGUGCUGCUGGAGAACGGCGCUCAGGUCAACGCAGUCACCAUUGAUGGGAUCACCCCUCUGUUUAACGCCUGCUGCAGUGGCAGCGUGGCCUGCGUCAACAUGCUGCUCGAAUUUGGAGCCAAGGCACAGCUCAGGAACCACCUUGCUUCUCCCAUUCAUGAAGCGGUCAAGAGAGGUCACAGGGAGUGCAUGGAGGUUCUUCUGGCCCAUGAGGUUGACAUUGACCAAGAAGACCUGCAGCACGGGACCCCGCUCUAUGUGGCUUGCACGUACCAGAGGACAGACUGCGUCAAGAAGCUUUUGGAGCUAG